AUGUCGCUGGAACACCUUCAACAAGCUAUCUUGCGAACGAACGAGUGGAACGCAACUCUAGCUAUCGAUCAUCCUGAUCGUACACGAAGGCGUCGAAUUGGUGAUAUGAUGCUGGGUUGGAAAGACCAUUUCGAUGUUAUGUCGCAAAAUGAUAGACCUUCAUUUCUAGAGAAUAGUCAAGAACCUGCUGUUAGCGCAACAGACGGCCAGAAAGGUCGUGCGGUCAAACUAUUUUUGACAUAUGAACAGACCGGUAUGCUCGACGACCUGAAUGAGGCAAUCAAACGUGCCGUCGAUAUGGCGAACACGCUAGCUAAUGCUGUACGCAAGGGUAAUCCUCAUGAACUUUUGUGCUUGGUGACCCUCAGUACCAUACUUGGUGCCCGAUUCUUGCGAACAGGUUCUAUGGAUGACCUAAACCGCGCUAUUGAUGUCACAAAUACGGCACUCAAUACUGGAUUUUCAGACCGGUUUGAUCGAGCUAUGUGCUUGAAUUCCCUCGGAUGCCUACUUGGCGACCGAUUCUUCCGGGAACACUCAAUGGAUGACUUGAAUCGUGCUAUUGGUGUGUUGGAUUCGGCAUUGGAUAUUGUACCUCAAUAUCACGUCAAUAGAGCGGAUAUCUUAGCUACUUACGGUACCCUCCUCGGCUCGCGUUUUAAACGGAUGGGAACUCGAGACGACAUAAUCCGUGCCGUUGAUAUGGUGAAGACAGCAAUAAACAUCAAACCUUGGGACGACCCGAGCCAAGCCUCGUGCCUAAGUAGACUGGCAUCGUUGCUUGGUAAACAAUUUGACCGGACCGGCUCUGUAGAUGAUCUAAACCACGCCAUUGACGCGGCAAGUAAGGCAGUGGAUUCCACCCCUCACGGCGCCCCGAUUCGGGUUCAGCAGUUAGUCGGGCUUGGGGAACUGCUCGGUAGGCGGUUUCGGAAAAGAGGAUCGAUAGAUGACCUGAACCGAGCCAUCAGCGUAGCGAAUACAGCAGUCGAGACUGUACAUUAAGAUCACGUUGAUCGGGCGAAAUGCUUGAGUAACCUCGGUUGUUAUCU